GGUGGUCCGAGUUGGUUUUUUUAAUAUCCGGAAAGAAAAUGUUCGUUACAAUUUGAAAAAAAAUCAAGCUUAAAAUAAACUUCAUAAAAAAAAGGCUCAAACUAUGGCAAAUCGUGAUAAGAAAAUUUCAAUAGAAUCUGAUGAAAAAGAAGAUCCUCAAAGACCAAAUUGGUCUAAUAGCCUUGAAUUCCUUAUGUCCUGCAUAUCUGUGUCUGUUGGAUUGGGCAAUGUAUGGCGUUUUCCCUUCACAGCGUACGAAAAUGGUGGCGGAGCAUUCCUUAUUCCAUAUAUUAUUGUUUUAAUACUUAUUGGUAAACCGAUGUACUACAUUGAGAUGAUUUUAGGACAAUUUUCAAGCAGAAGUUCCAUCAAAAUUUGGGCUAUUUGCCCAGGAUUCAUUGGUGUUGGAAUCGGUCAGGCGUAUGCAGUUUUGUUGAUCAUAACAUAUUACUCAUCCCUUUUGGCUUUGGCACUGUACUAUUUUGGAGUGUCAUUUCAAGCUGUGCUUCCUUGGACAUAUUGCAGAGAAGAAUGGGGCCCUACGUGUGUACCAUCUAGUGGAGGCAGUAAUAGAACUACACAUGAAACAAAACACUUGCAAACCAGCUCAGAAAUGUAUUAUUUAAAGAGCGUCAUAAAUGAAAAGGAUAAUAUAGAAGAUGGAAUUGGAUAUCCGAGCUUGCAUCUAACUGGAACACUUUUCAUAUCAUGGAUUGUUAUAUUUUUAGUGAUAGCAAAGGGAGUUAAAAGUUCCGGAAAAGCAGCAUAUUUCCUAGCGCUUUUUCCAUACGUAGCACUGUUUGCCUUGCUUUUAAGGGCUGUUACCUUAGAAGGCGCCCUCAACGGUAUUAUAUUCUUUUUGAAACCAAACUGGUCAGAGCUAACUAAUAUUAAGGUUUGGAAGGAAGCUGUUGUUCAGUGCUUUUUUUCAUUAGCAGUUGGCCUUGGAUCAAUUAUAAUGUUUUCAUCAUACAAUAAAUUCAAUCAUAGUAUUUAUAGAGAUGCUAUGAUAGUUACUACGCUAGAUACGUUUACGAGCAUACUAGCUGGUGUGACUAUGUUUGGGAUUCUUGGAAACUUGGCACAUAAUCUUAACAUCGAUAAUAUUUCCGAAGUUGUUCGAGGUGGAACUGGACUUGCUUUUAUAUCAUACCCAGAUGCUAUUUCCAAAUUUCAAUUUUUUCCCCAGGGUUUUGCAAUUGCAUUUUUCUUCAUGAUGUUCGUACUUGGAGUCGGUUCUAUUGUAGCCCUACAAAGCUCAAUGGUUACAAUUAUUUGUGACCGUUUUACUUCCUUUAAAUUUAUUAACGUUGCAAUCAUAACAUGCACAAUCGGAUUUUGUAGUAGCUUGAUUUAUGCAACACCCGGAGGACAGUGGAUUUUGAAUUUAAUCGAUUUCUUCGGUGGGACGUUUAUAGUUUUUGUCUUGGCUAUUUUUGAAUUGAUUGGAAUAACUUGGAUUUAUGGAUUACAAAAUUUCUGCGAUGAUGUUGAGUUUAUGACCAAUAGAAAAGUAACACUGUAUUGGCGUUUGUGCUGGACAAUUAUUACACCAGGGUUUAUGUUAAUAAUUUUUAUUUAUUCCAUGGUUACUUUCGAUUCACUCAAAUACAGUGGCAUGGAAUAUCCCGCCUCUGCAAACAUUAUUGGAUGGGUAAUAUUGAGCAUAGGAUUUGCUCAAUUUCCUUUAUGGUUUAUAUGGGAAGCUUCAAAUAAUUAUGACAAAAAUUGUUGUUCGACCAUACAAAACAUUCUACGACAUAGUGAAGAUUGGGGACCUGCUGAUCCGGAAAUAAGAGAAAGUUGGAAACUUUUUAAAUCUGAGCUAGCUGAAAAGAGAAGAAAAACAAAUGAAACAAAUAAAAUAAGUUAUUUUUGGCAGAAAAUAUAUAAUUUAUUAGGAAAAACUAAUUGAGAUGCAAGACUGAUAGCUUCAAAGUUAUUUAUUUUUUAAUAUUCCAAAGUUGUGAUGUUUUGCUACAUUUAUAUGUAAAUAUAAUUUAUUUAAAAUAAACUUUAAUUCAAUGUUUGUAC